CGCACAGCUCUGAGAUACUGCAGAGCCACACAUUUUGCCAUGUCCACUCAAGUCUUGGAAUGUGGCGGUGUUGUUACGUACCAGAUCCUAUGUGGUCGAGAGAUUGCGAGACAGGAUCGGUUUGCCAUACAGAUGGCCAACUACUGCUAUUUGGUGGUGAACACCUUGGACCACACGGCCAUUGCACUGGACGCCGCCUGGGACGUGCAGGGCCUCUAUGAUUUGGCCGCUGAGCUGGGUGUGAAGAUCCUGGGCUGUGUCUACACACAUUUUCACUUCGAUCACUGUGGGGGCGAUGUGCAUCCUAUGUUCACCGGCGGCCAAAAGGUGAAGCUGCCUGGCGCCAAAGAGGUGGAGGAAGCUGGUGGUAAGAUCUGGGCUGGCAAGGAAGAUGCUGAUGCCAUUCAGAAGCAGUGCUCGCUGAAAGAGGUGCUUCCCAUGCGGGAUGGAGAUGUGAUUCCUUGUGGAGAUCUUCUACUCCACAUCAUUCGGACACCUGGACACACUCCAGGCUCCAUUUGCGUCUUUGCGGCGCCACGGUGUUUAUCUCCUCGCGCAGAGAUGGCUGAAUCUCGUCUCAAGGAGGCCCGCAGCAAGGCGGAGGCUGGUCUCCUUAUCACUGGGGACACGCUCUUCGUGGGAUCUUGUGGUCGUACCGACCUGCCAGGCUCUGACCCGCGAGACAUGUUCAGCUCCUUGGCAAGGCUUAGCACCAUGAACCCUGCUGUGGUGGUUUGUCCAGGCCACAACUAUGCCGAGGAACCCUUCUCCACCAUCGGGGCCGAGCGUGCGCAGAAUGAGAUGGUGAAGAUGGGCCUCUCCCACUUUCCCGAGCCGCCACCGGUGCCUCCCUGCGCAAUGUGUGGUACCGGACAGCCCUGCGGGCCCAAGGGCUUCCGAAUCGGCCGCCGUGCGCGGAUCGUGAAGCUCACCUCCGAGCAGGGCCAGGUCUUGAACGGCCAGGACUGUGUUGUCGAGAGCUAUAUGGAAGAACGAGAGAGAUAUGCAGUUCGGAUGAUUGAUGCAUCGGCGGUCAAAGUGCUGAAACCAGAAAACCUGGAGAAGCCCGAGCUUGCGGAGUGAGGAAAUCUGCAAAGUCAGACUUGGUUUUUCGACCACUCAGUACAUAGAGAUCGAAUCCAGGUGACACCAGGACAUGCAAAAAAG